AUGGGCACACGCAGGCCCUAUGCGCUGGUGGACACCACGCCAGCCAAGACCAUCUUGGUGUACCGCAACGGGGACCAGUUCUAUGUGGGCCGCAAGUUCGUGUUCUCGCGGCGCCGCGUUGCCAACUUCGAGGCUCUACUGGAGCAGCUGACGGAGCAGGUGGACGUGCCCUUCGGUGUGCGGAGGCUCUACACGCCCACGCGAGGCCACCAGGUGCUGGAGCUGGACGCGUUGCAGACCGGUGGCAAGUACGUGGCUGCCGGCCGUGAACGCUUCAAGAAACUGGACUAUAUUCAUAUAGUUCCCAGAAAACCUUCAAAGAUGAGAAAGUUGAAGGAAAUCAAGCCGGUGGUACAUUGUGAUAUCAACGUGCCUUCCAGGUGGCAAACUCAGAGCAGGACAUCCCGGCACAUAAAUGUUUUCACAAAUGGAAGAAUAUUCAUCCCACCUAUAAAAAUUAUUAUACCCAAAUUCAGCCUGUCAGAUUGGAAUAGUGUGCUGGCCAUCAUUGGAGAAAAAGUCUUCCCUCUGGGAGGCGUUCGAAAAUUGUUUACGAUGGAUGGGCAUCUUUUGGACAACUCAAAGGAUUUGCAAGACAGUUAUUUUUAUGUUGCUGCAGGACUGGAGACUUUCAAAUCUCUUCCUUACUGGAAGUCCCCACGGGUCCCCAGUGAGGUCCAGCAGAGGUUUGGGGGCAAUGAUAAAUACAUACAAACAAAGAAAAGAGUGGAGUUCAAAAGAAAAGAGCCUGUGAAAAGUGACAGUGUGCUACCUAAAAUCCAGGAUUCUGUUUAUUAUGCCAAAGAGAAAAAGAAGACACCCCUAGGAUCUUUAGUUCAAAGUGGUGCAGAAGGUGAUGUGUAUAAAGCACAGACUCCUGCUAACGAGGCCCAAGAAGCACUGGAAGUCAAGGAGGACCCAGAGGUGAAGGUGGAGAUGCCAGUUGACCAGGUACCAGCCGAAAUUGUUAAAGAAAUUGAUGAGAUAGGCAACAACAACCUGGAACUGGAAAGUGGUGUGGUGUUUUGGAAACGUCGUCUGGGGAGGCAGUGUGUUCUGGGGUCUCUUGAGUCCUGGUGGUGA